AUGAUUAAUCAUAUUACCAAUACCAAUUCAAUUUAUCAAUCCAUCAUGAAUAAUUCAAAUAGUGAAAUGGUUGAAAACACUGAACCAUCAGUCAACAGAACCACAAAGAAAAGUGCUUAA